AUUUAUAUAUUAUACACACACGCACACACAUACACUGAACUAUUGGACUUCUUUCUCAAAAACGCCACACAGAACAUUUGCAACACUGAUUUUGGUGCUUAAGCUAACUACGCAGCUCUAUGCGUUCGAUAGUCAGCAGCAGCAGCAUUAUCGAUAUCAAUUUUAAGCGUCGCCAAAAACGGUCCUUUCCGAAAAUAUUCUCAGCAGCUGGCACUGUCAUUUUCAGUGAUUUGCCAAUUUGUUGAAAAAAAAAGAAAAACGGAACAACUUAAAAGUCAUAAUGAGUGCUGAUAAUAGCAACGUGGAUAUGGAUGUGGUGGAGGAGGAUGAGCAGGCACCGGUAGUGCAGGAGCUUUGCAACAACUAUAUAUGGUAUGUAGAUGAGUCGACCGGCAAGAUGAUGCCCAAUAUGGACUCUCAGCCUGCGCGUUGGGCAACGGGCGAUCAACCAGACGCCAAGCUCAAUAUGCCAGUAGGGCUGGGGCUAAAGCGCAAGGCGUCCACUCAUACCGGGCAGGUGGCCAACAAAUUAGGACGUGUGGGCAACGGCAGCUCCUAUGACAUACAAGCCAUGUCCGUCACUCCACUGACUGUCAACAGCAACAAUUUUCAACGUCCGUACAUGGAUGCGGAUCGCAUGGCGGAGUAUGCAGCAUGGCGCAAUCGAGUGGUGGAGCUGAAGCAACUGCUGAUCGAGACACAUCUACGCUUGGAGCUGCCCAGUACCAGCCUUGAGGCACAGGAGCUGCACGAGAAGCUUAUGAAUUUGCAAACUGAGCGCGCGGCGCUCAUCAUACAAAUCGAAAUGGCAUUGAGCGAUGCUACGACUGCUGCUCUAGUUGAGAUUGCGCAGCUGACAGCUAUGUAUGUGAAUGGAGCAGCUGAAACUAAGUGGGAGCACGCCUUGGAUCCCGAAAUUGAGCUGGAGCUGUUGGAGGAGGAAGAAAUACUGCUGGCGGAGCAGGGCAGAAAGAAGUGGCAGAGUUUCUAUCCGGAGCUGGACCUAGACAGCUUGCCCCUGCUCCCCAGCCCCAAGCUGCAGUCCAUAAUACAACGUCAGGCGGUGCUGCGCGAGCAUGCGGUGUUCGCCAAGCGUUGCAUCAAUAUGCCUGGCGCCAGCACACUGUUGAUGGCAGUGCAGCAGCAGCUGGUGGAUGUGCAGCUCGAGCUGAACAACAUCAGCGAGCUGGAGGAGUAUGUGUCGGUUAAUCUGCCAGGAGCCGAACAAGCGGCAGUGCCAAACAGCUCGGAUUCGGGCUUGGACAUGGGUUCGAGCUUAGAACUACUCGGCUUCAAUUUGGGCGCCAGCUCAGGGCCAAGCUCGAGCUCGAGAUCUGGCACGUCCGAUACUGACGCAGGCACCGAUUCCGAUAUGCAGAUUGAAACGCCGAACGCAGAGUCGGACGAUGAGCUGAUACGGGAGCAUUUGCUUGAAGCCGAACUGAAUGAACAGCUGAAUAUGCUAUUCGAACCGUAAUUGAGGCAAAUACUUAAGAUUUGCUGUUGAUUUCUAAAGUAGUUUGUAUGAGCCUGGAUGUAAUUAUAUGAACACACAAAAUUUGU